AUGCAUAUUCGUCAUCGUGGAUGGGAACAUACACUUCUUCGUCAUGUAACUCAAUCACUUGAUCAAAUCAAUGAUGAAGAUACAAAAAAGAAUGUUCUUUGGGAAGAGAUGCAUUGGCUAAAUCAAUAUUGGGCUCAACCUAUACCAAAAUCGAGUAUAGUCCCUAAAUAUUGGCAAAGACUUUUCAUUGUUAAAUCACUUAAUACUCGGCGUGAGCUUUACGAAUAUUUACAUGAUGAAGAAGCUCGAAGAGAACGUCAUCGAUUACAAAUGGAAAAAAAGAAAAGAAUAUUUGCUACAUUAGAUAUGAAAUAUAAUCCACAACGAUGGCCUAAUCUUUAUGCAUUAGCAGAAGCAGCUCGAUUAGGAGAUAUUUUUGUUAUCAAUGGAGUUUUUGAAUAUGCUCAUGCGUGUCAUUCAUAUUUUUCAUCACUUCUUCAAAGAGUUUUUCGUUGCUUUAAACAUAUUAAUCAUUUUCAUUCACCAGCUUAUAUUAUAAUAAGUGAUAUUUCGCAUAAUUUUCAAACAUGUCAUCAUCCACUAUCUCAUGUACAUUCAACUUAUUUUCAUUCAACAAGAGAAUUAUAUAUUGAUUUAUUUAACAUAGUUUGUGUCUAUUUGUAUCGAACAUCGGACUAG